UGCCAUUUUCCAUCGGUCGACUGCUUAGGCACUAGACCCUAGAUUGACUCACAAUCUAAUCUCCCCAAUCUUGCACGAAUCCUACACAACCCGUCGAACAGAUUGACAGGAGUUCCUCACUCGAGAACAAACAUUGUCAACUCACUCGUAAUGGCGUCCAUCUACAUUGAUGAAGACGCUGGUAGGGACGACCAGACUGCUAACGGUUCCGAGUCCGCCCCUUACAAGACUCUCCUUCACGCCUUUCUGCAGCAUGAUCCUUCUGAGGGCACUCAAUACCUGACUCGCAAGUCCUUGACUGAGCCCACCGGUGAAGGAGCUGACCCAGAGUCGAAGCUGGAGUGGAAGCCAGCGACCAAGUCAGCGAUCAAGAAGGCAACGAACCUGCUUGAACAGCGGAAGAAGAAGGCCGCAAAGGAACAACAGUUGGCCAUUCGUGAAAAGGAGGAGGCGGAGAAGCGCCGACUUGUCCUUGAGGAGGCGAAGAAGGUCGUGAUCAAAGAAGACACGUCGCUUCCCAAGCCUGUGAGGAUCCGCUUGGAUGUGACCGACCCUGCUAUUGUGAAGUUGGGCUCCCCAGAGUCAGAUACCCCUGGCACACGCGUACGGGUUCUGGGACGAGUCCAUCGCCUGCGCUCUCAGAAGGAUAUGAUCUUUCUUACCCUUUCCGAUGGCUACGGCUAUUUGCAGUGUGUUCUGACGGGCGAUCUGGUCAAGACCUACGAUGCUAUGACUUUAACUCUCGAAACGUCUAUUGCCCUCCAUGGAGAGAUGCGGGCCGUCCCUCCCAAGCAGCACGCGCCCAAUAACCGUGAACUUCACGUGGACUUCUACACGAUCAUCGGCCGUGCCGCCGGUGACAAGGAGGCGAUCACCACACGUGUGGCCCAUGACUCCGACCCUCAGACUCUGUACAACAACCGCCACCUUGUUCUUCGUGGUGAGACUGCUUCGUCAGUGAUGAAAGUCAGGGCUGCGACCCUGAAGGCCUUUCGUCAGACAUUCGACGAGCUGCGCAUGACUGAAGUAACUCCACCGGCCAUGGUUCAAACACAAGUUGAGGGAGGAAGCACCCUAUUCAAGUUCGACUACUACGGCGAGGACGCCUACUUGACCCAGUCUUCUCAGCUCUAUCUUGAGACUUGUAUUCCGUCUCUAGGAGAUGUCUUUUGCGUCUGCCCAUCCUUCCGUGCGGAGAAAUCUCUCACCCGCCGCCAUCUCUCCGAGUACACUCACAUCGAGUCCGAGCUAGACUUCAUCGAAUUCACGGACCUCCUCGACCACCUUGAGGCCGUCAUCUGCCGUGUCCUGGAGAUCGUCCUAGCCGACCCUGUCGCCAAACCCAUCAUUGCGCAACUCAACCCCGGCUUCCAGAUGCCCAGCCGCCCAUUCCUCCGCAUGAAGUACUCCGACGCCAUCGAGUGGCUGCGCGAGCACGAAAUCCCCAACGAAGAAGGCAAGCCUCACGAGUUCGGCGACGAUAUCGCCGAAGCCGCGGAGCGCAAGAUGACCGAUAUCAUCAACCGCCCCAUUUUCCUCACGCACUUCCCGGCCGAAAUCAAGGCCUUCUAUAUGAAGAAGGACCCUGAAGACCGCCGUGUCACUGAGAGUGUCGACGUCCUGAUGCCCGGUGUUGGUGAAAUUGUUGGUGGAAGUAUGAGGAUGGACGACUGGGACGAGCUGAUGGCCGCUUACAAGCACGAGGGCAUGGACCCUUCUCCUUAUUACUGGUAUACUGACCAGCGCAAGUACGGAACAUCACCCCACGGUGGUUACGGUCUCGGUCUGGAGCGUUUCCUUGCUUGGCUGUGUGCCCGAUACACGGUGCGGGAUUGCUCCUUGUACCCCCGUUUCACAGGACGAUGCACCCCUUAG